UACCGUUAGUCAGUGCUCCUGUCCUUUCACUGAUCAGCGCUGAACAUUCUCUACUGUGUAUCUUACGAACAAGUGCAUCUUUUUCUUCUCCUUUUCUUUAUUGUUGCUGCUUGCAAGAAGAAAAAAAACACACACUCCGAAGCACCACUGGGGUCAGCGUGCCCUCUUCCUCGUCAUGGAGAAUCUAAGAAUAUCCUUGAAGCUUAUUUUGAUAAUGAUGGGGCUUUGCAACGUCCUUGCAGGCAAAGUAAACAAGCACAAACCUUGGAUUGAGACCUCCUACCAUGGAGUGAUCACUGAAAACAACGACACGGUCCAGCUGGACCCGCCUCUCGUGGCUCUUGACAAAGACGCUCCAGUGCCGUUUGCAGGUGAGAUUUGUGCUUUCAAAAUUCACGGAGAGGACGCUCCUUUUGAAGCUGUGGUGCUGAACAAGACAUCUGGCGAGGGGCUCCUCCGAGCAAGCAGCCCCAUUGACUGUGAACUUCAGAAGGAAUACGUAUUCAUCAUCCAGGCGUAUGACUGCGGAUCCAGGGCUAGCGGAACAAACUGGAAGAAGUCGCACAAAGCGGUGGUGCACAUCCAGGUGAAUGAUGUGAAUGAGUUUGCUCCCACGUUCAGGGAGCCCAUGUACAAAGCGACCGUCACCGAGGGGAAGAUCUAUGACAGCAUCCUGCAGGUGGAGGCGGUGGACGAGGACUGCUCCCCCCAGUACAGCCAGAUCUGCAACUAUGAGAUUGUCACGCCUGACAUCCCCUUCGCCAUUGAUCGCAAUGGCAACAUUCGAAACACAGAGAUAUUGAGCUAUGACAAGGAGCAGCAGUACAAAAUCAUGGUGACUGCCUACGAUUGUGCUCAGAAAAAAACCACAGACGACGUGUUGGUGCGCAUUGAUGUCAAGCCAGUUUGCAAACCUGCAUGGCAAGGCUGGAACAAGCGGGUUGAGUAUGAGCCCGGCACCGGUAGCAAACCAUUAUUUCCCACAAUGCACCUGGAGACAUGUGAUGGGCCUGUCUCAUCUAUCCGGGUCACAGUGGAGCUGCAGACGAACCACAUCGGGAAAGGGUGUGACCGGGAGACAUACUCCGAGAAAUCUUUACAGAAGCUGUGCGGGGCCUCAUCAGGAAGCACUGACUUGCUACCAGCUUCCAGUGCCACAACAAACUGGACAGCCACCCUCCUGACAGACAGCGGACGGGACAGUGACCUGAUAUUCAAAUUUGAUGGAAGGCAGGCAGCCAAAAUCCCUGAUAGCGUGGUGCCAAAGAAUCUGACUGACCAAUUCACGAUCGCCACAUGGAUGAAGCAUGGCCCCAGCCCAGGACUCAGAGCUGAGAAAGAAACCCUUCUCUGCAAUUCAGAUAAAACUGAGAUGAAUCGGCACCACUAUGCAUUGUACGUGCAUAACUGCCGGCUGGUGUUUCUGCUGCGCAGGGAUUUCGACCAGGUGGACACUUUCCGCCCUGCUGAGUACCACUGGAAGCUGGAACAGAUUUGCGACAAAGAAUGGCACUACUACGUGAUAAACGUGGAGUUUCCCGUUGUGACCUUGUACGUUGACGGGGUGACCUAUGAACCAUACCUUGUGACUGAUGACUGGCCGAUACACCCCUCUCAAAUUGAUAUGCAGCUCACAGUCGGUGCAUGCUGGCAAGGGGGUGAAGUGAUAAAGCCACGGUUCACCCAGUAUUUCAGAGGCAGUCUCGCUGGCCUCACCAUCCGCCCCGGCAAGAUUGAGAGCCAGAAAGUGAUCUCCUGCCUCCAGGCAUGCAAGGAGGGUCUGGAUAUCAAUUCUCUGGAGAGCCUGGGUCAGGGGAUAAAGUUCCACUUCAAUCCUUCUCAGUCAACACUCGUCAUGGAAGGAGAUGACAUAGAGUACAUCAAUCAGGCCUUGCGGAAAGUGUCGUACAUCAACUCCAGACAGUUCCCCACUCCGGGCAUCCGGCGUCUCAAAACCUCUACUACAGUACAGUGCUAUGGUGAAGAUACUUGCAUCUCCAUCCCUGAUGUCGAUGCCUCUGUAGUGGUUCUGCAGCCCAGCGAGCCUCGGAUUACAAUUACUGGUAUGGACCACUUCGCCCGACCGGACACAGAGUUUGAGAGCUCUGAGGGACUAGUGCUUUUCCCCGACAUCCGAAUCAUCAGCACUGUCACCAAAACAGACCUGCCGCCACAGGGAAAAGCUUACAAGCGUGGUGGGCAGGAAGAAAUCAUUCACAACCUGGAUUACUGUGAUAUUCUGGUUAUCGGGAAUGAACUGAAUCCAGACCAGGAGAGCUUGCAACUCAAUAGGAAUGAGCUGCACGGAAAGCAUUUGGAUGCAACAAACUCCACUUCUGGAAUUUCUGUCUACGGUGUGGAUACCAUGUCCAACUACGAGCAAGUACUGAGGCAGGUGCGAUAUCUGAACUGGCACAGCGCCGGUAUUUUUGGAAGGAGGUUCAGGCUAACAUGCUCAGAGCUGAAUGGGAGAUACACAAGCAACGAGUUUAAUUUAGAGGUCAAUGUCCUGCACAGCUCAAAUUCCAUGGAGCAUGUGAAUCACAUGGCAGUUCAGCCUCAGUACUUCCAAGCAAUUCCCCACCCAAUGAUGAGGCACAAUGUAAACAGCGCCCACAGCUCAGCAAUUCCAAGCCCUGCCACCAUUGUGAUCGUGGUGUGUAUCAGCUCUUUGCUCCUCAUCGUAGUGCUGGGAAUCUACAGGAUUCGAGUGGCCCGUCUGCGCUCCUGUGAGAGUGGGGGAGGUGCAAAGGAAAACCAAUUGGAUUGGGACGACUCUGCGCUGACUAUUACCGUCAACCCCAUGGAGAACCUUGAAGAGCCACAGCAGGCCAAUGAAGAGAGCGAGGAAGAGGAAGAGGAGGAGGAAGACGAGUUGGAGGAAGAUGACAUCACGAGUGCUGAAUCAGACGACAGCGAUGAAGAGGAGGCAGUCACCAUGGAGGGCCAGAGUGACGGCAAGAGGAGAGAGCAGCUGGAGUGGGACAACGCAACACUACGUUAUUAGAGAACCUUUACUCGCCACCACCCCAGAAACACAGCAUCUUUGUUUCUAAGGCUACUGAUUCAUUGUUAAGACUUUGAGUUAGUGAAAUACAUGUUUAACUCGGCAGAUAAAAACCUCACACCUUAUAAAAUGUUGCUCUCUGCUGGCUAGGAAAGUGUACUGCACUAUUUUUAUGGUAACCCACUUUCCGGCUUUACUGCAAUAUGAUGCAUAAAUCAUGUAGCAGUUUGUUUUAGUUUUUUAGAAUAAUGACUGUAUUUUUUCUUCUGUUAAUGUUUCAAUCUGACUGUAAUCUCACUACCGACUGAAUGUGUUCAUUUUAUUGUGAACUCAAAUUACUUUCAUUGACUUUUAAAUAUGCUUCAACUGAUCUUGCCUACAUUAAUCCCUUAAAACUGGAAUUAUUUCAAUCGAGCUGGGUCCACUCUUUAAAUCUUCAUGGACCUGCACUUCUAAGGUUUUUUUUUUUUUUUUUAUAUAAAGGUUUUGGAUCAGUCUUGUUAAACAAUCUGUAGUCUUUGUCUGAACGGCUUCAAUAUAUAUAGGAAUUCUGCCUGUUAAUAGCUUUUUUCAUACUGUCUGGCUCCAAAGCAGUUUGUCUGACCAUUUAUAAUGUAUUGUUUCACCACCUGUUCGGUAGCCCAUCGUGAGGUCAGAAAGCAAAGUCUAAACUAAGUUCUCUUGUAUACAUUGUAUAUUGUGCACCCUUCUAUAGUAAGUGUUUUCUUUCAUAUAAACUUUGUUUAAAAAAUAAAAUAAAAAGUUG